ACACCAAACGGCUCGGGGCCUCGAAGGCGUGGCGGUGCAUGGGUGCACUGCUCGCACUCGCAUCCCUCACACUGGCGAUGGAAGUCGUAGACCCGGAAUUGCUUCGGCAGAGCCAUGAGGCUGCGGUCUCUUCUCUCCUGCAAGAUCCCGCCCUGCCUGACGCCGCCCACGAUCACCGCGCCCCCCGUUCAAUCCAACAGAUUCCCCUUGGCACGUCAGGCUUUUCACUUCCUGUCGACAUUGAUCCCAUCCCGUCAGGCCCUCGCGUCACGAUGCCACACAUCAGCUUCCGAGACAUGGGGAACAUCGUACACCAAGCUACGCUUGCUGUCAAAGAAAAGGGUUCGACUCCAUAUAAACAGCUAAUUUUAACAGGUGCGCGACAGGUGCCAGGAACUCCUGCGUGGUAUAUGGCAGCGUCGCACAAAACGAAAGUCGUGGCCAAGAACAUCUCGCGAAUCGCUCUCAUCUCUGAGGAAGCCACCAAAUACAUGGCCCAACAAUUCCGCCUAGACAAGGACCAGGUGACGUAUGGCCUGCCGACGGCCGACGUGCGAGGGACUGUCCUUGCCGACUCCUGCCCUGUUGAGGUCGAUUUCCCAUGCCAGCCCCGCAAGUACCGCGCCUUUAACGGCUACUGUAACAACGUCCAGAAUCCUCGCUGGGGCAACGCCAACACCCGCUACCUGCGCUUCCUCCCGGCCAACUAUGGGGACGGCGUCUCCGUACCCAGACAGACGUCCGCCGGAGAGUUCCUUCCCUCGGCUCGGGCCGUCAGCCUGGCCAUACACCGUGACCACGACACGCCACACAAGUAUAUGACGGCCAUCGCUGCCGUGUUUGGCCAGUUUCUGGCCCACGAUCUCUCCCACACGCCACAGAUGGCAGGGUACAUCGGCCAGCGCCUUCGCUUGGGCGUCAACUUCAGCGAUUUCCAUCCAGAGUGCUACCCGAUCCGAAUCCCCGAUGACGACCCGGUCUACGGCCCAUUGCAACAGCGCUGCCAGGAGUACGUGCGAUCAGGCACCGCGCCCAGGACUGGCUGCACACUAGGUCCCCGGGAACAGAUCAACCAAGUGACGUCUUUCAUCGACGGUUCAGUCCUGUAUGGGUCCAGUAAGGAGGAAUCAGACGAUCUGAGGGCCUUCACUGGAGGCCUCCUAAAGGUGCAACGCGGACCAGGCGGGACACAGAUCCUUGUAGAGGACGAAAACCAGGUGGACUGCAAGGCUCCUACAUCCAGACACAAGUGCUUCAAGUCCGGUGACGUGAGAGUGAACGAGCACGUGGGAAUCGCCUCCAUCCACCAGCUCUUCGUUCGUGAGCACAACCGCAUCGCCGCCGCCCUGGGAGACCUCAACGCCCACUGGACCGACGAACAGAUCUUCCAAGAGGCGCGACGGCUCGUCGGCGCCGAGAUUCAACACAUCGCCUACACGGAAUUCCUGCCCUCCAUCCUAGGACAGGGAAUCGUUGAGAAAUACGGACUGACUCUCCAAACUUCUGGAUUCUUCUCCGGUUAUGAUAUCAAUAUCAACGCUGGCAUUGCAAAUUCUGUUGCUGGGGCAGCACUCAAAUUCGUGGCUUCCAUGAUGCCUAACAACAUUGCUUACUUUGCCGAGAAUCGAAAACUGAACGAAAAGCCGAUUACGGACACAUUCUACCAGCCGUUUGACCUCUACGAACAAGGGAAGUUCGACCAAAUUUUGGAGGGACUCAUCACCGCGCACGCGCAGAACGAAGAUACUGCGAUUUCAGAAGCCAUGACUAACAAAAUGUUUGGAGAUACAAGGACAGGCGUUGGCCUGGACUUGGCAGCUCAGAUCAUCCAGCACGGCCGUGACCACGGAAUCGCCGGAUAUAAUAAGUGGAGGCAUUUCUGUGGGCUCCCAAAGGCGGCCAAGUUUGAUGAUCUCAGUGACGUCAUGUCCCCCGAAAACAUUAAGGCUUUGAAGGGAGUUUAUAAAGAAGUUGAUGACAUCGACCUCUUCACUGGCGGUCUGGCAGAGAAACCGAACCGCGGUGCUCUCGUCGGCCCGACCUUCGGCUGUCUUAUCGGCCGACAGUUCCACUACCUUCGCCGUGGCGAUCGCUACUGGUACGAGAACGACAUCCCUCCGUCAGGGUUCUCUAAGGAACAGCUGUAUGAUAACUUGGGAUCGCUCUACCGUCGCUGCUCGCACAGGGAGCCUGGUGUACGAAAAGGACGUAAUACCGACAGACAGCUGAAGGACAUAGAGUCCGGUUCCCCAAACAACGUAGUGGACUUGAUGGAGGUCCUACCGAACAUCGACGUCAGCGACAUCAUGGAAAUCCCCAACGUGUUUGAGUGCGAUGACCAGACGCUGCCGUGUGACCACACCUCCAAGUUCCGCACCGCCACGGGUUGGUGCAACAACCUAAACUUUCCCUUCCUAGGAAAGUCCUUCAGGGCCAAGACCCGUCUCCUCAGACCCGCCUACGAAGACGGUCUCUCCAAACCCCGCACGACCUCCAAGGUCGGCCGUUCGCUCCCGUCGCCGCGCCUGAUCUCCACUAACAUGCACAAUGAUGUGUCGGCACCGCACGUACGCUACACCCUGAUGGUCAUGCAGUGGGGUCAGUUCAUUGACCACGAUGUCAUUUUCACGCCAGUCAAUAAAGGCUUCCAGGACUCCAUCCUAGACUGUAGGAGGUGCGACUCCCACCAGACAGUCCAUCCCGAGUGCUUCCCCAUCCCUAUUCCGGACAACGACCCAUUCUUCCCUCCCGUUAACAUCUCGUCCGGCCAGCCCUUCUGCAUCCCACUCACCCGCUCCAUGCCGGGUCAGCUCACUCUGGGCUACAGGGAGCAGAUGAAUCAGGUGACAGCGUUCAUCGAUGCCUCUCACACAUAUGGAUCAGACAAGUGUGAGCAGCGCACCCUGCGAUUCUUGAAGGACGGCCUGCUGAAGGCAACUACCAACCCGCUACGAGGAAAGCCUCUCCUGCCGACCGACUCCGAGAACCACGAAUGCCAGGCGCCUUCCGGUCGGUGCUUCACUGGAGGUGAUACUCGCGCCUCGGAGCAGCCGGGACUCGCUGUCCUCCACACGCUGCUCUUGCGCGAGCACAACCGCGUGGCUACAGAACUGAAAAGCAUGAACCCUCACUGGAGCGAUGAACAGCUGUUCCAGAACGCGCGGCGCAUUGUAACGGCCGUCAACCAACACAUCACGUAUAACGAAUGGCUUCCUCGAGUGCUGGGAUGGAAUGCUAUCAACCUAUAUGGUCUUAACCUAAUUCCAGAGGGAUACUUUGAUGGAUAUGACCCUUACUGCAACCCGACGAUCUUAAAUGAGUUCGGAAUCGCCUUCCGCUUCGGCCACUCGCUCCUAAAGCCGUCGCUGGAGCGCAUGGACGGCAUUUUCGCCAAGCGCGACCCUCCCAUCAAACUCAGCGACCAUUUCUUUAAUCCCGACCUCUUAUACCAGCCCGGCAUGAUCGACGAAAUCAUCCGCGGCCUCACAACGGUAUCCAUGGAGACACUGGAUCAGUUCCUCACCGAUGAGGUCACGAACCAUCUGUUCGAGGAUAGGAAGCUCCCGUUCUCUGGUCUUGACCUCGCAGCGCUGAACAUCCAGCGCGGUCGCGACCACGGCCUACAGCCCUACAACGAGUACCGUGCACUCUGCAACCUCACGAAGGCGAGGAAUUUCGACGACCUGCGACGCGAAAUCGCCGCACCUGUCAUCGAGAGAUUGAAGCGCACCUACGCCCACGUGGACGACAUCGACCUAUUCACUGGAGGUCUCGUUGAAACGCCACUGCACGGAGGCCUCGUAGGACCCACCUUCGGCUGCAUCCUUGGCAUUCAGUUCCGCAAUCUCCGCAUGUGCGAUCGCUUCUGGUACGAAAACGCUGAUCCUCUCGUGCGCUUCACUGACCCUCAGCUCACGGAGCUCCGGAAAGUGACUCUCGCCAAGGUCUUGUGCGACAAUUGUGAUUCUGUGGAAUCUGAACAGCGAUCAGCAUUCGACCUCCCCGAUCCCUUCUUAAACCCCCGCGUCUCGGCCCGUCUGCCGCAUAAACCUGGAGGGGGAAGGACCCGGUUUUGCAGUGUAGGCACGACUAACAUCGACAUCGGAGCGGCCGAACGCAUUUCCCCGUGUGUGAUGUGCACAUGCACCAAGGAGGGAUCCUACAGCCCCGAAGCCAUCCUCAACGACCACGGGGUGAAAGGGUUUCCAGUGCGCCUUCGCCUUCAGGCCUUCCCGAAGGUCGCAGGGCAAGACUCGAACCAGUUUGGCUUCGCGAAAGAUAAAAAGGUCAAACGCUCACAAAUUAAUAUUUUUCCAGUGAAAAUUAGCAUAAAGUUAGCAAUCGCAGCAGUGCCGUCAAAUGCCAGAUCUGUUAACCUUCGUUCUAUAUCUCUGGGCUGCGUAGUAAUUAAGAUAUACACAAACAGUAAGUACCACGACAGCAGUGAAUAUCGACUGUGUUACAAGCACUGCUAG